GUACCAAAAAAUUAUACUAAAGUCAUUGAUACCUUAAGAUACUUGAAUUUCAAGUAUGAUAAAAAAAUCCAACCAAUUAGGGUUAUAACAGACCAGUGGUGCCCAUAUAGUGUAGUAUAACAGAACAAACUUUAAGUAGAUGAACAGAAAAAAGCACACAGGUUCAUAUUCCUAAACAAGAGAAUAUCGGUUCAGCUAAAGUUAUUCUACAUAAAUGUAUCUACAUCCCCUCACUGUGUAUCUCAUUUUUUCUAUGGGAAAACAAAUCUAGCCGGGAGGUUUGAUCAGCCAAUAUCCAUAAUUCCAGAGUAGUAUUCACCAAUGCACGAACCCCAAAAGCAUGCACCGCAAUUUCCAAAACUAAUUAUUACUGGGCGGCCAAUACAUUAUUACUUCGGUAACCCCCGGUCUAUUCGCCACUCUUUGCAUUAAUUCUUUUGCAUGGUUUUUAUUACUAACCGUUUCCAUGCGUCAGGCGCCCAAUGAUAUCAGGAUUUGUGCGCCGGCUUUGCCUUUCAUGAGUUCAUCCGCUCCUUAUAUAUUCUCUGGCUGCUCACCAUUCAAAUCUCUCUAGAAACUUAGAAAGAAUGGAGCCCAGCCAAGAACAUAGCUGGUGGCCGUAUUGCACUAGCCUUUGGCCUGAUAGUUACCUGCUUGAAGAGGAAGCGCUCUUCUCCAGUCUCUCCUUCCAGAGCUUCCAUCCCCAACCAGUCUGCACUACUGUCAUGGAAAGCAACGGUUUGCAAGGCGAGCUUGACGUCAUCUUUGAUGAUGAUGUGCUAAUGUAUUGGGAUGAGAUGGAGCAAUCUGAAAACAAGGGACAAGAAAGAGAGAAGGGGUUGCCACUGCUGUGCUACGGUAACGAGAAGGGAGCAGACUCCAAGAUCAUGAGAGUGGACGAUGUUAGAUCAGAGGACAAGUCAUUGACAUUCGAACUCGUGUCGCAGUACUUCUACAUGCCAAUCACGCAGGCAGCACGAGAGCUGAAUGUUGGGCUGACCCUCUUGAAGAAGAAGUGCAGAGAGUUGGGCAUUCCAAGGUGGCCACAUCGCAAGAUGAAAAGUUUACAGACCCUCAUCAAAAAUGUCCAGGUCUUGCAGGAGGCCAGCAAGGCGAACAAUGAGGAGCAGCUGAGGAUGUUGGUAGAGAUGCUGCAGGAGGAGAGGAAGUUGCUGGAGCAGAAGCCAUAUGUUCAGCUCGAGGAGAAGACGAAGAGGCUCAGGCAGGCCUGCUUCAAGGCCAACUACAAGAAGAGGCGCCUGUUGGCUCUUGAAGCUGGGGAGCCAUGAAGAUGAAUCACAGGGUAUCUAUGCAAAGUGACAUACGGAAUACUAUACUUUAAUGUAAUGCAAAUACUCUUUGCAUUCUACGUCUCUAUGAUGUAAUGAUAAGAAUCUAGGGCGUCCUACAUCUCUGCUAUUGUUCUGUCGAGUCAGAUCUUAAUAUAUGCAGUACUGAAUAUACUACUUAAGUA